AUGUUUGAGGGAAUGCUGAUCCAGUCUGGUGAUGAUAUUAUUCUUGCCUAUAAGGUGGAGGUAUAUGGCACGGCCGACUACGAGUACCCGCAUACUCAAGAAGUAGCCAAACCAGAGGGCAUGCAUGCUUUCAAGGUCGAGAGCGUGUGUUAUGACCAGACGCGCAAGGUCAUGGUUGGCGCCGUUAAAUGGUGCGUGUUGGCAACUUUAGCAGUCAUGGUGACAGAUGGCACCGUCGUCGUAGGCUCGGACAACAAGUUCUUUCACCCCAAGGCGACGUCCCAUGUUUGGAUCAAGAAGAUGUCUAAUGGUAGGAUCAACAAGCCAGUGGAAGACCUCUAG